AUGCCUAAAUUUGACCCAGUGCGCGAUGCAGUCAUGAAUUCGCCGCUCUCCCCAGCUCCUUCACCUUCUCUCCCACGACGAGCAACCGACCUCGCCGUCCUCCUCAAUGCCGACGCACCUCAACAAUCACGCCGCCCGACGCUGAACCAUCUCUUGCAUGCGCCAGCCGACUCUCACGACGACAAGCUCUCGUCUUCUCAGCCAUUGCCUCAGUCGCCUGUCUUUUCACGGCCUUCGUCGUCGUCAUCGUCAUCUUUCCAGCAACCCCAUCCGUCCUCGACGCCCCGUUCGACCGUAUCACCCACCAUGCAGCCACCGCCGCUCCCAGCGCCACCGACCACCAUCCCAUAUAACCCUCGCAAGCGAGUCACCCCAGCACAGUCCGUUCUCAAGCCCAUGUCUCCUGCAGAAAUGGCCAUGUACAAGCAGUAUCACGGCAAAGGCACGUCCCGCCUGACAAAACGGAAACGAGAGCCAAGCAACGAUACAGACGACCGGGACAGGCCUCCAGCUAAAAGGGCUGCCGGCGAUGUAGGCAUGGUCAUUGAUCACUACAACUCGCGUCCAGAAGUCGGUGUCGUCCAACGACUUGAUUCGCCUAUCAUUGGCCUCAAAAAUUUCAACAACUGGGUCAAAUCCGUCCUUAUAUCUCGUUUCGCACAUCCCGCCCUUCACCAGAAACCUCAACAAAGUUCUGGUCCUGGUAGAGGGCAGUCAGGUAAAGUGCUCGACAUGGGAUGCGGCAAGGGCGGAGACCUGUCCAAGUGGGCGAAAGCAAAGGUCCGAGACUAUAUUGGCGCUGAUAUCGCUUCUAUAUCUAUCGAGCAAGCCCGACAACGAUGGGAAUCACAGCGAGGUGCCCGGUUCAAUGCAACAUUCGCAGCGCUAGAUUGCUACACCCAACCGCUCAGCCAGGCCUUUCCAAUAGACCUACUACGGCAGCCCUUUGACGUGGUCUCUAUGCAAUUUUGCAUGCACUACGCCUUUGAAACUGAGCAGAAGGCACGAUGCAUGCUCGAUAAUGUGAGCCGAUGGUUACGACGAGGAGGUGUAUUCAUUGGUACCAUACCGAAUGCUGAACAAUUACUCCAAAAUCUGGACGAUCUGCCUCACUCUACCGAAGACCUAACCUUUGGUAACUCUGUGUACAAAAUUCGUUUCGAGGAUAGAAAGCACAGACCUGUUUUUGGUCAUAAAUAUUGGUUCUUUCUUCAGGAUGCAGUCGAAGAUGUCCCGGAGUAUAUAGUCCAUUGGGACCAUUUUGUACAACUAGCUUCAGAAUACAACUUGUAUCCGGUAUAUAAGGAGGAGUUUCAUCACGUUUUUGAAGAACAUCAGGAACAUCCAGAGUUUGGUCCUCUGAUGGUGCGGAUGAAGGUAGUCGAUGCUAACGGUGAGAGUUCCAUGGACGAGGACCAGUGGGAGGCUGCUAAUAUUUAUAUUGCUUUUGCUUUUGAGAAGCGGUAG